CAAAAUAAAAAAGCCGAAAGGAAAAAAAAAAACUAAUAAUUUGGCAAGGCCUCUCUCAGGGUGCAAGUUCAGGUCCCGCAGAGUCGCUGUUCAGCGAUUGGGAGAAGAAGAAAGAGCGAGGAAAACUCCUUCUGCAUUCCUUAAAGCUUCGAAUCUCCGCCAUUUUCUUCUCAUUCUGGAGUAGGAACCAGUAUAGAAAAUGGAUUCCGUCUUCGUUAGAGCCCACCGAAGUUAUAUUACUCUCGCCACUGGCGGGAGUGGAAACGGCUGGACGAAUCGUGACAUCAACAAUGCUUGGCUUCCAAGUCUGAGGCUUGGAGCAUUAAAGAUUCCAAAAACACAAUGUAGUACGGAAUCUGAAUCACAUCAUCUCCAAUGUGUCUUUAGAAGAAAUCAGGGAAGAUAUACUUUAUAUCAGAAGAAAGACAAUAGAAUUCAAGUCAGAAAAGCAGCCUCUAAUCAGCCUUUUGAAUCCGAAUCUGGAGUUUUAAGUCCCAAAAAUUAUAGUGACUCUGUAAAGGGUUUCUUGGAUGCUUUCUACAGGUUUUCACGGCCACACACAGUCAUUGGUACAGCAUUGAGCAUUGUAUCUGUUUCUCUACUAGCAGUUGAGAAACUAUCAGACUUGUCACCCUUAUUUUUAACCGGAGUGUUGGAGGCUAUAGUUGCUGCCCUCUUUAUGAAUAUUUACAUUGUGGGUCUGAAUCAAUUAUAUGACAUCGAAAUAGACAAGAUUAACAAGCCAUAUCUUCCAUUGGCAUCGGGAGAAUAUUCUUUUGCAACUGGCGUUGCAAUUGUUUCCACGUUUUCUAUUAUGAGCUUUUGGCUAGGAUGGGUUGUUCGUUCAUGGCCAUUGUUUUGGGCUCUUUUUGUCAGCUUUGUUCUUGGAACGGCUUAUUCCAUUGAUCUGCCACUAUUGAGAUGGAAGAGAUUUGCUGUGGUAGCUGCUAUGUGCAUUUUAGCUGUUCGGGCCGUCAUUGUUCAAAUUGCUUUUUUUCUGCACAUGCAGACUCACGUGUUCCAAAGACCUCCUGUGUUUUCACGUCCCCUGAUAUUUGCAACUGCAUUUAUGAGUUUCUUCUCAGUUGUUAUAGCGUUAUUUAAGGAUAUACCUGAUAUUGAUGGAGAUAAAAUCUUUGGCAUCCGUUCUUUUACAGUACGUCUAGGACAAGAACGGGUGUUUUGGAGUUGUAUUUCGUUACUUGAAGUAGCAUAUGGUGUUGCCGUUUUAGUGGGAGUUGCAUCUCCCUCAUUGUGGAGCAAGUGUCUAACAGUUUUUGGACACGUCUCUUUGGCUUUAAUUCUCUGGAUUCGUGCCAAAUCAGUUGAUCUGAAGAGCAAAGCUGCCAUAACAUCCUUCUACAUGUUUAUAUGGAAGCUCUUUUAUGCUGAGUAUUUGCUGAUACCGUUUGUUAGGUACAACACAGGCACCACUAACGUCCCCGUCUUCAAAACUGCUUCCUGCACACAUAAAUCUAAUAUCGUACAACAAUUCGAGGAUACGAGGAUCAGACUUCCGACUUCGAAGAAAGGAGUAAUACAAAUUAUGAUCGAAUUAUGUUCAUGCACCAAAAUCUCUCAAGUUAUUUAGUAUAGUAUAUAUACA